UCCAGGUGCAGCCCUAAGACCCGGGAGCAUCUGCGGGAGGCGGCAGGACCCAGGGCCUUGAAUGCCGGGCCACAAGAUCAGCCUCCUCCCAUUGGCGAAAGGAGCCCCGAGAGCUUGUGCUCAGGAGGGAGGCCUCGGCCUGGUCAAGUCAUCUUGCAGGAAGGGUCCCGGACAGUGCAAAGCAAAUGCAGGAGGGCCCCCACCCUAGCCGUUGGGAAAUGCGCCAGCCGUUGAAGGCGGAAGUAACGGCCUGCAGGCAACGGAACUCCCAGCGUUCGCAAAGUAGGGAGGAGCCGGAAACUCAGGGCUCGAGGCCUGUGGGCCCAGCGGUGCGGCAGCCGCUAGGGGGGGCGGGCCCAGCUCUCCCAGGGCAGGUGAUUGGUCGGUCCCGGUGGCGGCAGCGGCGCGUGCGACGGUCACCUCGGUUUGGGGAAGAUGGAAGAGUUGAGUCAAGCCCUGGCUAGUAGCUUUUCUGUGUCUCAAGAUCUGAACAGCACAGCUGCCCCACACCCCCGCCUAUCCCAGUACAAGUCCAAGUACAGUUCCUUGGAGCAGAGUGAGCGCCGCCGGCGGUUACUGGAACUGCAGAAAUCCAAGCGGCUGGAUUAUGUGAACCAUGCCAGAAGACUGGCUGAAGAUGACUGGACAGGGAUGGAGAGUGAGGAAGAAGAUAAGAAAGAUGAUGAAGAAAUGGACAUUGACACUGUCAAGAAGUUACCAAAACGCUAUGCUAAUCAAUUGAUGCUUUCUGAGUGGUUAAUUGACGUUCCUUCAGAUUUGGGGCGGGAAUGGAUUGUGGUCGUGUGCCCUGUUGGAAAAAGAGCUCUUAUUGUGGCCUCCAGGGGUUCUACCAGUGCCUACACCAAGAGUGGCUACUGUGUCAACAGGUUUUCUUCCCUUCUGCCAGGAGGCAAUAGGCGAAACUCAACAGCAAAAGACUACACCAUUCUAGAUUGCAUUUACAGUGAGGUAAACCAGACCUACUACGUUCUGGAUGUGAUGUGCUGGCGGGGACACCCUUUUUAUGAUUGCCAGACUGAUUUCCGAUUCUACUGGAUGCAUUCAAAGUUACCAGAAGAAGAAGGACUGGGAGAGAAAACCAAGCUCAAUCCUUUUAAAUUUGUGGGGCUAAAGAAUUUCCCUUGCACUCCCGAAAGCCUGUGUGAUGUGCUGUCUAUGGAUUUCCCUUUUGAGGUAGAUGGACUUCUCUUCUACCACAAGCAGACCCACUACAGCCCCGGAAGCACUCCCUUGGUGGGCUGGCUGCGUCCCUACAUGGUAUCAGAUGUCCUUGGUGUAGCUGUGCCAGCUGGGCCGCUGACCACCAAGCCAGACUAUGCUGGGCACCAGCUCCAGCAGAUUAUGGAGCACAAAAAGAGCCAGAAGGAAGGCAUGAAGGAGAAACUCACACACACGGCCUCUGAAAAUGGGCACUAUGAGUUGGAGCACCUUUCUACUCCCAAGUUGAAGAGUUCUCCCCAUAGCCCAGACCACCCUGGAAGCCUCAUGGAGAAUUAAAGAGGGAAGCCUCCUUAACGAGCCACAGGAUGGUACCCGGCCCCAAAAGGAAUCCUGGGCAGGAGGACAGUGACAACAGGUGACUUUAUUCUUUAGAGUGAACUUUCCAAAGCCAGUCUGGCUGGAAACAGCUUAUCUAUAAUCUGAAAUGCUGGCUCAAACAGUUAUGGGGAAGUUCCCAGAUUGGGUAGCAUUCAGAUUGAUUUGAGCAGCUCCUACUGUGAUAAGUGUAUCCCAGAUCCACAAUGUAAAUAUAUAUAUGUGAUUUGUAAGAAAGAA